GAGAAAACGUACACAGCUUCUCACACCUCACAACACCUCUCCCCCGCAACAAUGACGUCCGAACCCGCUGCCCCCGAAGCAGGUGACCAACUUCAACCUCCCAUAUCUUCCAAGUCGACAGCCGCAUCAACCCCGGCACCCACCCCUGCACCGACAGCAGCACCACAACCCGCAGCGCAACAACCUCAACCCCAACCAGCACCUGCCUCUUCCCCACUCCCCUCACGGCACACAGCCACGACCCCGGGUCCCCGUGCAGCGCGCUUCCAAGAGCUCCUCAACGGCGCCCUAUCAUCGACGCUCAAGAAACUCGCCUGGGAUAACUUCGCCGCCUGCUACCCGACCAUCGCGUCGUCUGCGCCCGCGACGCUCAAAGCCGUGCAGAAGCAGAUGGUAGAGAGGCUGGGCGCACUCUGCCGGAAGGAAUUCGACAGUAUACUCGCGAAUCGGAAUGUAGUGGCGAAGUUGAACGAGCUCGAGGGCUUGGUGAGCGAGGCGGGGCGCAGGAGGGAUGAGGGGGGGUUUGUGGGGGAGGAGAGGGAGGUUCCUGUUCCUCCGCACAUGCUCUCCGCCGAAGACGUCCUCGCCGCGCAUCUGGCGCCACACCUGGCAACCCAGCAGUCGCAGCUCAACGCCCGACUGCAGACGAUGCAGGCGCACAACUCGAAGCUGUUCGCCGACAUCCAGGGGCAGCGCGCUGAGAUGGCGUCGCUGAUGGCGUUGCUGGAGAAGCUGUUUGAGGAUAUCGAUGGGGCGAACCAAAUGAUGGAUGGGGUUAUGGAUGAUGUGGCCAAGGAGACGCGGACGGUUGAGUUGGAGAUGUCGGGGACGUAGUGCUGCUGUUGUAAGGGAUGGAUGGGAAGAAAAGGGCAGCAGUCAUCGUUGUGAAUAACGAGGACAGGGGCAAGAGAAAGGCAUUUGCAGUUACGAUUCUACGGAGCAUGAGGACGAACAGCACCCUUGUUUAAAUAGAUCGGGGGGCUUGUGGGAUACCAGGCGUUCAGGAAAGGGCGUCAAAACAGAAUUUGUGUCCAACGGACGAGUGCAAAUG